GGCCGGAAGUGGGCGGAGCUACACGGACCAGGCUGCUGUACAGAGGGAGACUGGCUUAGGAAAUCUUUGGCUACAGAAUGAGCGUUCCAUGGAUUAUCCUGUGUGUGAUUGGUUACUUUAUAUCAGGUGGGAUUCUUCUGCUGCUGUUCUAUUGGAAGCCAGAAUGGAGUGUGUGGGCAAACUGUGUCCCAUCUUCUUUGGAAAAAGCCAAUGUCAUUUUGCUAAGAUCAACUGAUGAAAGAAAAAAAUACACCAGAAAGAAAGUGCGCCGGGUUAUUCUGAAUGCCUUUAAAGAUUCACUUCUGAAUGGGUCGGAAUGUUCUGCCAUCUCUGAUAAAAACUCUGUUUUAAAUAAAGCUAUUAGAAGGCCAGAUCUUAAAGUUAAAUUCAUUAGAGUGCAGAAAAUUCGAUAUGUGUGGAACUACUCUGAAAAGAAGUUUCAAAACAUUGGGACUUUGGAGGACGAGCUUUCUUGCUUUAGCAUUCAUUCAAAUUAUGCAUCUGGUCUGAAAAAGGAAGAGCAAGCAAUCAAGAAGUUAGUGUGUGGAUAUAACACAAUCGAAGUUGAAAUUGCUCCAAUUUGGAAACUCUUCAUUUAUAAGGUGUUAGAUUUGCUAUAUAUGUACCAGUUCUUUGCUAUUACCCUUAUGUUUGUUGAAAGCUAUCUGGGAUUUGGCAUUGCCAUUCUGCUAUUAUGCACCUGCAACAUAACUUUAUCACUCAUAGAACUACGAAAGCAAUCUUCAAAGCUUCAUCAUUUGGUCAAAGCUCAUAAUAAUAUGAAGGUGACUGUCUAUCAAAGAGAUGGUGUUUGCAGCCAAGUUGAGUCUCGCCACUUAGUUCCAGGGGACAUUGUUGUUUUAUCCGGCAAAAACUUUUUUAUGUCAUGUGAUGCCAUUCUGAUUAAUGGGACAUGUGUUGUGAAUGAAGGAAUGUUAACAGGUGAAUCUAUUCCUGUGACGAAAACUCAGCUGCCAAGUUUAGAUGACACAAUGCCUUGGAGACAGUACAGUGGAGAAGAUUAUAAACGCCAUGUACUAUUCUGUGGUACUGAAGUAAUACGGACUGAAUCCACUGCACAGGGUCCAGCUAAAGCCGUUGUGUUAAGAACUGGUUUUAAUACAACUAAAGGUGACAUGGUGAGGUCCAUACUGUAUCCAAAACCUUUAAACUUCAAGCUCAACAGAGACGUUAAGUGGUUUUUCAUAUUUUUGAUAUGUCUCGCUAUCAUUGGAAUCAUCUAUGCUGUUACCAUAUAUGUACAGAGAAAGGUUCCUGCUAGGAGAAUUAUUGUGGAAACCCUAGUUCUUGUAAUUUGCGCAAUAUCUCCUGUUAUACCAGCUGCCCUGAUGGUUGGGAUUCUUUAUGCAAAAAGGAGAUUAAAGAAGAAGCGUAUAUUUUGCAUUAGUCCAGACAGAAUCAACAUGUGUGGCCAGGUCAACCUCUUCUGCUUUGACAAAACUGGAACCUUGACAGAGGAUGGACUUGAUUUAAUGGGUGUAAUACCAACAGCAGGCACAUGCUUUCAGAAAAUGGUUACUCUAAAAGAUAUUACUGAUCUAUCUUGGGGACCACUGUAUGCUGCUAUGACAUGCUGUCACUCUAUGAUCAUGGUUGAUGGGAAAUUACAAGGCGAUCCUUUGGAUCUAAAAAUGUUUGAAGCCACUAGCUGGGUAAUAGAAGAUACCUGCACUGAUGUUCAUGAUGAGUACUCUUCCCAAAAAAUGAUUGUCCGUCCUGGGCUAAACUCAAAAAUUCAUACAGUAAAAGGAGUGACAGUUUUGUUCCAGUACCCUUUCUCCUCCUCCAUGCAACGUAUGUCCGUAAUCACUAAGGUUAUUGGAGGAGAUGAGUUGAUUGUUUAUAUGAAGGGAGCCCCUGAGAUGGUGGCCAGUUUUUGCAAGACUGAAACAGUCCCCAGCAAGUUUUUAGAUGAACUGGAACGUUAUACAUUUCAAGGCUUACGAGUCAUUGCACUGGCCUUCAAAGUUCUCCAAAAUGGCAAUUGUGAUGAUUUGGAAAACAUGGAAAGGGAAGAAGUUGAAUGUGACAUGGAGUUUCUUGGAUUGCUGAUAUUAGAAAAUCGUCUUAAACCAGAGACCCAACCAGUACUGGAAGAACUGAAGGCAGCCAAUAUCAGGACUCUUAUGAUUACAGGGGACAAUAUACAAACAGCGACUACAGUUGCAAAGAACUGUGGCAUGAUUCCUGAUGGCAGCAAAAUUUUUCUGGUGGAAGCUCAUGGACCUGAGGAUUCUUCUCCAGCCUCUGUCACAUGGAAACUUUUGGAGUAUCCAAUGGAUAAAGAAAAUGCAAAAGAUCUCUGCAUCAACAUUGAAGACUUAUUAGAAACCAAAAUCCAGAACAAUGAUUAUACCUUUUCAAUGAGCGGCAAGACUUAUGAAAAUCUGGAUAAAUACUUUUACGAUUUGUUGCCAAAAAUACUGAUGAAUGGAACAGUUUUUGCGAGAAUGUCACCAGGGCAGAAAUCAACAAUUAUAGAUGAAUUUCGAAAGCUUGAUUAUUAUGUGGGGAUGUGUGGAGAUGGAGCCAAUGAUUGUGCAGCAUUGAAAAUGGCCAAUGCUGGGAUUUCUUUAUCUGAACAAGAAGCUUCUGUGGCUGCACCUUUUAACUCACAAGUCACAAAUAUUUCCUGCGUUCCAGACUUACUCAAGGAAGGACGAGCUGCCCUUGUCACAUCUUUCUGCAUGUUUAAAUACAUGGCAAUGUUUGGAUUAGUCGAAUAUACCAACACACUGCUGCUCUACUGGCAACGAAACAUUUUUGGAAAUAAUCAGUGGCUCAUACAUGAUUUUGCUAUUGUGUUUGCAAUCUUUUUUACAAUGAGUUCUACUCCUGCAUAUCCAAAACUGGCAAAGUACAGACCACCAGGGCAGAUGAUUUCUCCUCCUAUGCUGUUCUCAGUGAUCUUCAAUGUUCUAUAUACCAUCGCCAUGCAGACAUAUGCUUUUGUCAUGGUUCAGCGGCAGCCAUGGUAUAACCAAACGAACAUUUACAGUGCAUGUAAUGCAGAAAACAAAAGCUUAAAUUACAAUCUUACAAAUGUGUUAAUUCACGAAAGUAAUCAAGCAAAUUAUGAAAGCUUUGAGAGCACAACUUUGUGGCUGAUAACAUGUGUGCACCUGGUGAUCUUAUCAUUUAUCUUUUCCAAGGGAAAACCUUUCCGAAUGCCACUUUACACCAACUACUUAUUUGUGGCCAUACUAACUAUAGAAGCUACCUUCACCAUAUUCUUCAUAUUUGCUGACUUCAGAAGCUUCUAUCUGGUCUUAGAACUGGUCUGCACUCCCAUCAGCUGGAGAAUACACAUCAUAGUACUGCUGGCUAUUUGUCUUGUGGUGUUAUUUUUAGUGGAGGAGUUUAUUCUAGAUAACAGAGCUCUCUGGGUGGCUUUGAAAAGGUACUUAAAAUUAAAACCAGGAAGUAACUAUAAAAAGUUUCAGCUAAGUUUGGCGGUAGACAAAGCAUGGCCACCUAUUGGAACCACAAUAUAUAGCAGUAACAUGACCAAUGAGGACUACUACAAUGAGGACUAUAAAGCCUACACUAACCCUGCUUACAAGCAUGAAGAUGUUUCAAAUGAUCAAGGCAAAUAAAAAAAGAAAAAGAUGCAUCAAUGACAUGUUUAACAAUUAAUGAACACUAUUUGUGUGGAAUUAACAACCAUACCACCAAUGAUGGAGACUUAUAGUAUUGUUAUUUAUUUUUUGUUUUAUUUUGUUUUGUGGUUUUUCAAAGAGCCUCAUACAGUUUUUUAAUGAAUAGUAGUUUUAUACUUUGUGUCCUUUUCCAGAAACUUUGAUUGAAAUUUCUGCAAUAAAAUGCAGCAGUUGUGUUGCCAUAUUACGGCAGGAAAUUUUCCAAAAACAACAACAAAAAAACACAUUAUGAAUAUGUAAAGUGACUAAAUUAGAGAUGGGCGGUUCUGUUUCUGUGGAAACCAAAACCACCCAAACUUCUACAUUACAGGUAGAUCCGAGUCCUGGCUGGGAUCUUCCCACAAGGCUCUUAUCUAAAAAUGAGGCAAUAUGUCAUCUUCCCGGUGUCCGAUCUCACAUGUUUUGGAUUGCAUAAAGUCGCUCCCUCAUAAUUCAGUUGCCAUUUCAAACAAGACACAAGAGGGAGAGGGUGUGGGAUUGUGAGCUCUGAAACACAAAAAAAAGAUAACAAUCACACAAAACACACCUCACUAUAAAAAAAAAAAGCAGACAAGACACAUCACACACCAGUGGCAGUGACCAGAAGGAGAGUGUCUGGCACUGCUGUGCCACAAUGUUUCAUAGAUGUGCUACAGUAUAUUAUUUUAAACUGUUGUGUGUUUCUGCCACUGCUCUGUUGCUUAGUUUAGCCAGCCAGCCUUUAUUGGUACAAUAUUGUGAGCUUUGAGGUUGUCAAAAUUGACUGGAAAUUAAUGUUAUUGAGGUUAAUAGCACCGUAGAAACAAAAAAACAGGCAGAAAUUACAUAAUUGUAGCAACUUUUUUAUAUUUUUUAGAAAGGUAUUUUUUAGUAAGCUAAAAAAACAACAUUCUUUUAGCAACUUUUUAUUUUAUUUUAUUUUUUAGAAAGCUCCAAAACCAAAUGCAAAACACCUGAGAGUGGUUUUGCCAAAACAAACCAAUACAAUAAGGGCAGUUUUGGAAAAACCAAAGCUAAAACACUCAUCUCCAGAUUAAAUAAAACCUUAGGCAUGGAUAACAGCUUUUUUGAGAGAAAACAUAUUCACCCCAAAGAAGUAGCACUAAAUUGCUUUUGGGUUUUUUAACAAACUUUUACCACCUAAAUACUGAAAUCUGGUCAGAUAAAAGAUUGAAUAAGUAAAAUAAAUACAUAACAGAAAACAGUGACUGAAAAGCUCUGUCCCCUCCUUGUAUUUUUUUUCUUCUGCCCCCCCCCCCCUUUCUCUCACAUUGUCAGACUAGCCUUCAGAAUUUUGAAGCACAAGACCCCUCCCCGCCAACCACCACCAAUCCACCUCCCCCUUCCGGCCUCCCCAUUCCUCUUUUUUCCUUAUCUCUCCCUGGGGCAGAUGUAUUAACCUGGAGA